UUGACCCGCAGGCGUUUACACUCCUCCUCCUCUCAGAAUAGGAGCCGCCUCCCACUAUAUAACCGGGACUGGUCCCAGUCAGCCAGCGGCCGCAGAGAGGAGCUCCCAGCAGACCGGUCGGAUCAGAUCUGGGUCCCGUCUCUUUCCGUCUCCAACGCGGGGUUCCACCCGGCCUGGGGAGGAAGAGAGGGGCAGCAAACUGACACUUUUACGCACGGGUUGUGCGGAAAACCGUGCGUCCUACAGCUGUCUCCAGGAGCUCCGCGCGCGCGCCAGUGCAAACUUCACUGCCAGAUAAUUGAAAAGAAAAAAAAAGAAGUUUUUAAAAGCAUUCCAAAAUGCAGCCAUAAAGUGUUACAACUGUUUCUAAAAGGAGGAAAAGUUCCGUUUGAGUCCAGUUCUCGUCCAAAUGGAGGGAAACGCCCCUUAAAGCGACCAGACAAGAUGGGAAAAUGGGAGCUAACCAUGAACCCGGUGCAGGAGUGGGGUGAGGAGAAGGAGGCCGGCACCGUGUACGGGGUCACCCUGCGCCGAGAGCCCGUGCCCUCCUCCCCCGGCCCCGACGGGACCAGCCCCGGGGGGGCCUUCGUCCAGUACCGGACCUGCAAGGUGCGGCGCCUGAAGGCCGCCACCCUGGACCUGCUGGUCAACCACCUCCUGGACGGCAGCAGCCAGGAGCAGGACUACAGCAAGAUCUUCGUGUCCACCUACAGGACCUUCACCGACACCACGCAGCUCCUGGAGCUGCUCUUCCAGAGAGACAAUGCUUCCUCAGACCUGGACAACAGUGAAUACUAUCGGAGCCCUCUGCUGGCCUUUGUUCAGACAUGGCUGGAUGAGUUUAGCGAGGACUUCCGGGACCCUCCGCUGCACCCGGCUCUCCGGCUGCUCCUGGACCACCUGAGGAUCAGCUCCGCCGUGCACGACGGCCAAGAAGAGGGGGGCUCUGGUGAUGAAGACUCUGGAUGCGAGAGCUCUCCGGAUAGAGGAGGCAUCAUGGACUUCUCUGCUGCGGCAAUUGCUGAGCAACUGACCCGGACGGACUCGGCUCUGUUCGUCAAAGUGAUGCCCUACCAGUGUCUGGGCUGCGUGUGGUCCCAGAGGGACAAGAAGGAAAACCUGUCCCCCACCAUCCGGGCCACCAUCGCGCAGUUCAACGCCGUCACCAACCAGGUCAUCGCCUCCCUGCUCUGCCGGCCCGAGGGCACCGGUCACUCCUCCUGCCCGCUGCCCGCCAGCACGCCGGUGCAGAGGGCUCGCAUCAUCGAGAAGUGGAUUAAAGUGGCACAGGAUUGCCGUCGGCUGAAGAACUUCUCCUCCCUGAAGGCCAUCUUGUCGGCCCUGCAGUCUAAUGCUGUUUACAGACUGAGGAAGACCUGGGCUGCUGUUUGCAGGGACAGCAUGGUCACAUUCGAUAACCUCUUGGAGACUUUACCUGAUGAGAACUGUGUUCUAACUCACAAAGAGCUCCUGGUGGAGGAUGGAGGCCAAGUGACGAUGGGUAACAUUUCUCCAAAGAUAUUCAAGAAGUGUCGACUCCCCAGACAGUUGAGCACCUCCAGUGGAGUCGUCCCGUACCUGGGCACCUAUCUCACCGUCCUCACCAUGCUGGACACCGCUCUGCCGGACACCGUUGAGGGAGGAUUCAUAAACUUUGAGAAAAGGAGGAGGGAAUUUGAUGUUUUGUCACAGAUCCGUCUGUUGCAAGCUUCCUGUUCACAGUACAGCCUCCCUCAUCACCCCAGAAUCGCUACCUGGCUGCAGAGACACAAGCUGCUCACUGAUCAACACAGCUAUGAACUGUCCAAACAGCUGGAGCCUCCGGUGGACUUGUGUUCCCCUCCAGCAUGGAGCCACCGCACACUCUCAAAGAAACUCUCUUCUCUGCUGACAAUAGGCGACGGUUCUAAGAAACUCCCUGCCGACCAGAUCAGCGUCUCGUCCUCUGGGUCCAGUGGAUCCGAGAUGGAGGAUCUCUCUUCCCCAAACUGUUCCAUCAGGAUGCAGUCCUUCCACAGCUCUUGCAACAACGUGUCCGAGGCAUUCUCCUCCUCCUCCUCGUCCUCCUUCUCCUCCCCCUGCUCCUCCACGGCCUCCUCCUCGGAUUCCCCUACCCCUUCCGGCUCUUUCUCGGACUCCGCCGCGGACCUGUGCUCCACGCCAUCGUCGGACGCUGGCGCCAAGCUAAAGCCGCCCGUGGCCUCCCAGCACAAACGCUCGGCCUCCAUGACCUCCCUGCCCGUGUAUAACCGGCAGGUGGCCGACUCCUGCAUCGUGAGGGUCAGCGUGGACUUGGGCCACAACAACGGCAACAUGUACAAAAGCAUUCUGCUGACCAGCCAAGACAAAACUACUCAAGUGAUCCAGAGGGCUUUGGAGAAGCAUCACCUUGAACACAUGAGCACGAAAGAUUUCACCCUGACACAGGUCAUCUCUCCGGAAAGAGACCUGCUCAUACCGGACAAGGCCAACGUCUUCUACGCCAUGUCCACCACGGCGAACUUUGACUUUGUCCUGCGGCAGCACCGCAAAGCUCAGCAAAAAACGCUCUUCAAAACGGCCAGCCUCGGACGGUUCACGAAGUAGGCAGUCAGACGUUCUGCACAGACUGGGUCCGAAACUCGGACCGGGCUCCUCUGAAUGUUCCUGGAAAAUGGGCCUUUUAUUCUCAAAAAGGUACCGAAAAACGUGACUGCACUGGGAUCGCUCUGCCGAAAACCAACAAGUACCUUCUUGGAGAAGAAUCCUCCACUCAACAGAAGGUACCGGCGCUCGGAAAAACGCCCGGAGGAGUUUAAAAAAACCAACCGUUUGCGUUUAAAAGCUGUCGACCUGUUGCACGUCGUCACGGAAGCAACACGGGCCGACACCUGGAACACGGCUGAACGUGAUCAAGGAGACGCCCUCAGCCGUUUCUCAGCCCUACCGGAUGCCUUUGUGAUCAUCUGCCUUUGAAAAAGGGAUCGGAGCGCGUCGCUUUGUGAUGAACUGGAGCCCCGCGGCAGCUCUCCAGGCGACACGCUGAGCCUCAUGUGCCAGUUGGAUUCGAUCAGAGGGCGGGAAUGUUCUCGGCGGGGAUGAUUGUGUACCCGUCGGAACAGUUCCUCCAGCAGUGUGUGUGUGUUCAAGCGUUGUGUCCAACCAGUAGGAUGGCAUUCCUUCAGCAGCACAGGCCGAGGUACGCGCACGUGACUGAGGGCAAGACUUAAACGAAAGGUGAAUUGUUUGUAUUUUCAGUGUUACUUCGAGUUGUCGACUUUGUUUUAUAGGAAAAGAAAAAAAGUUUUGUAUUAAUUUCACUUCUGUGCCACUGUGAUUCACUUUAACUGCACGUUUACUUUGUCAACACAUCUUUAUGGCUCAUUACGUCUUCUAAUGACUACAAUGAUUUUUUUUUUAAAGGAAAAAAAAUCUAGAGUUCCAUGUAUUUUCAAACUUAUGUGAUUUUAAAUGUUAAAUUAUGAAAGUCUGUUAAAUUAUAAUAAACUAAUUUGGUUGUUCUCGUGAAACCUGGAUGUGACUGGUGUUGAACUGGCUUGAUUUGUUUUGUUUUUUUAAAAUCAUGACCAGAUUUUUUUUGUAGAUUAAAUCAUUUUAAUGACGUCCAUUGAGGUCCAGAUUCUAAGAGAUUGUAGAUAUGAUCACAAUUCUCAGUUUAAGUUCCAGGGGUGGUUUUGCAAAAAGAAAAGCACUGUAGACACUAAGGGUAAAGCACUAUGGACACUAAGGGUAAAUCACAAGUUUUUAAACCUCU